UUUUAUUGGUGAUAACUUUGACAUCGCAAUCGCAAAAUAUUUAAAGUUAAAGAGGUGUUUUUUGACGCGUAUAUUAUAUCAGAACUGAGCAAGGUUAAAAUGGAAGUUCAACAACACCAAGGACUAGAAAUGGCCCAAGUCACGUCAAAAUUGUUCGAUAUUUUUCAUCCGACUCCGGUUUCGCUAAAACAACUAUCAGCAAUCGCCGUUAGCCUGGAAAUAUGGCGACGUAAAGUUAAUGAAUAUCGCAUAAAUGGAAAAUUGGAAAAGUUUAGCCCAUGGAGUCUACGAAAACGAAAUACCUGGAUUAAAGAUAUGCUUCCUGAUUUACCGUCCACGAUUUACAAGACAAUCGAAGAAGUUUUCUCAAGAUUUGGGCAAUCAUUUGGAUUCUGGCAGAAUAAUCAUUGCAGCACAAAAUUUUGUUAUAAAAACAGUUACGAAAACGAUGUUUUAGAAUACUUCGAUGAUUUUGUGUGCGAUUAUGACGGAUCUAUUCAUUACGCGAGGACAGCCGAACGUAUGAUGCAUUGUGAAGGAUUCAGUUCGGAAAUGAAGUUUAUAGUCGCUUGUAUGUAUUUCUUCGAAGACGAAAUCAGACAAAUUUGGCCAUCUGUAUCAGCAAACAUGAACUUAUAUUUUUUUGAUUUUGACGAAUGCCCGCAAUUGUAUUACUGGAUUUGCCGUCUCACGAAUAAAUUAGACGAAAUACCAACCCAGGGGAGUGAAACUGUUGAUGAGAGGAUGUUUGCAGAGUGCAUGCCUUAUAUUACACCUUCGGUCGAGUAUUUUUGGAAUCGUGUACAUCCUGAAAAACGAAUGCAAAUUGCUAUUGGCUACCUAGACGGUUAUGAUUUUGUUAGAUUCGUUUUACCAAAACUUGAUGAUGAGCAGCUCGAUAAAUACAUCAAUGAUGGGUAUGGCGAUGACUUGUGUACCAUGUUUCUAAAUCUUCGUUGCGAUGAAUGGAUCGUCCUGAGAACUUGGUUCCACAUUAGGAACAUUAUAAAGGAAAGCAAUUUUACCAAUUUUAUCUUUCGUAUGGUUGGAAAUCAGGACGAUGAUGUUGAUGAAUUCUAUGAACAGGAAAAGUGGGAAUAUUUGUGUUGUCAGAUAUGGAACCAUACGCCGCUUAAUUUAAAACAAUCGGUGAUCAGAGUUUUCUCAUCUGAAAGUCGCUGGUUCGAAUCUAUCAUUAUUGACAAUUGUGAUGAUUUUUGUGAGAUAAACGUCGAGUUGCUAUUGCUUAUUCUGCAAGAUGCAUCUUCGAAAGAAAGAAGUUUAUUCUGGUGUAACAAUUGGAGUUAUGUAAUUGUAGCUGUUCGAUGCAAAAAUUUACAACGUGUAAUAGAAUUAUGCUUUGAAGAUGCGAAUAAGAUUACUGAGUUCAAGCAAAACAUCAUGAUAAAUAGCAGAAGUGUCCUUCUAGUUUGCAUUUCAUUAUUGCAAUGUGCGUGUUUCGAAGAAUUGAAUGCCUUUGUGAGUUUCGUUUGUACCGAAUUGCAAGCAGCGAGAUUUCUUAAACAACGAAUACUGCAGUCGACCUUUUUCGAUGAAGAUUACGGACUUGAAGGUGAAAUUAUCGGUAAGAUCGGGGAUCUCAAUGAAUUUAUUAAUGAUGCUUUCGACAACGUUGAUCUAUCCACCGAUUUCAAAAAUCUGCUCAUGUCGUCGUCUUCGGUUAUGAAAACUUUAUCGAAAAUCAUUUGCUUAGAGAGAGUUUCUUGCGAAACCCUCAUCACAUUCAUUGAUACCCUUGUUGCAACGGAAGAAACCGUAAUGCAAGUCAAAAAGAGUUUGAUUGAUUCGUUGAAAGAGCGGUUGACGACGAAUGCAGGUGCACGUUGCCAUGAACAUCUACGUAGUGACCCUGAGUUCAACUUGAUUUUAUCAUGGUGCUUGGGAAGUAGCGAAGGAGUUGAUGAAUUCAAACUGAACUGCGGUUUGUAGUUGUAUUUUUUUAUGAAUAAUUUGUUAGGUACUGCAGUUUUUGUAGGUACUUUCCAAGAUUUUUAUAUUAUAGGGAAUCAAUUUCGACGAAUUUUCAAAAUUUUUGUAGCUAUUUUUGCGAUUUUCAUUUCAAUUGCACCCAUAAAUGGGUGCUUAUAUGUAAUAGUAAUUAAUUUACUUAUGUAAGUGUUUGGUCAUUUAUUUUCGAUUUUUAUUUUAAGUACCUAUUUUGUAAUCACAAUAUUUCUCUGGUUACUCACGUAACUAUUUUAGCAAUAUUACAAGAUGUCUUUUUGCAAAUUUCAGGUAUGAUAUUGCCUCAUUUUGAGUUACUUUUACGGUAUAGUUAUAACUGAUGAGUUUAUAUCCUAUACUUUAUUUCAAAAGUUGAAAUUAUCAUCAACUUGAAAAGUUUUUUUCACUUUUUUGAAAAAUUCAUCUGUACUAAGAUUA